AUGGGAAGCGUGGCCGCGCCCCCAAAAGACCCCGCCGGGUUUCAGAUCCGCAAGGCCGCCGCGUCGGACAGCGAGGCCCUCGCGGCCCUGGGCGCCGAGGUCUUCACGGCGACGUUCGCGCACUCGUGCACCAAGGAGCAGCUGCAGGCGUUCCUGGACGAGGCGUACACGCCGGAGGCGAUCGCGAGGGACAUCGCGGACAGCUCCAAGGACGUGCUCGUCGCCACAGAGGAGGGCGGCGGCGACACCGGCGGCUCACCACCGGGCGGCGGCAGGCUCCUCGGCUUCAUCUACCUGACGCGCGGCAGCUCCGAGCCCUGCGUGGGGCACCUCGAGCGGCCCGUCGAGCUGCAGCGGCUGUACAUCUCGCUGGGCGCGCACGGCAAGGGCCUGGGCAAGGCGCUGUCGCUGUCCGCGGACGCGCUGGCGCGCGAGCAGGGGUUCAGGACCAUGUGGCUCGGCGUGUGGGAGGAGAACCACAAGGCGCAGGCGUUCUACCGCAAGAUGGGGUACGAGCGCAUCGGGGAGCACGUCUUUGACGUCGGCGGGGACCUGCAGACGGACGAGAUCUGGUGGAAGGCCCUGUGA